AUGCCGAGCACCUUCCGGGCCCACCUGUGGACCCAGGCAUUACGAAAAGCCCUGGCGGUCUUAACAAUUAGAGGGGCCUCAUUCAAACUCUGGGGAAAGGCUGCUGAGAGCUCUGAUUUGGUUUUGCAAGGUUCUGUCGCCUGGGUGACCGGGACAGGCCUGCAGCUGUACGAUCAUGCCCUUCAGCAGCCUGCCCGAAAACCUCCUUUCUUUGCGUUUGGGAAGUUCCCAGAACAUCAUCUCACGCCAUCAGUGCUCUGCAGCUCCCCCAAAUCCCGGGCCACACUGGGAUUAUCAUCUACUGAGGAUGAGGGUGAGGACCCCUGGUACCACAAUGCGUGCAAGUGCGACUGCCAAGGAGGUGCCAAUACCCUGUGGUCUGCAGGCGCCGCCUCCUCAGACUGCAUGCCAGAAUGCCCAUAUCAUAAGCCCCUGGGUUUUGAGUCAGGCAAGGUUACACCAGACCAGAUCACCUGCUCCAACCUGGAGCAGUACGUGGGCUGGUAUUCCUCGUGGACGGCCAACAAGGCCCGGCUCAACAGUCAAGGCUUUGGGUGUGCCUGGCUCUCCAAGUUCCAGGACAGCAGCCAGUGGCUACAGAUAGAUCUGAAGGAGGUCAAGGUGAUUUCAGGGAUCCUCACCCAGGGGCGCUGUGACAUCGACGAGUGGAUGACCAAGUACAGCGUGCAGUACAGGACUGAUGAGAGCCUGAACUGGAUUUACUAUAAAGACCAGACUGGAAACAACCGCGUCUUCUACGGAAACUCGGACCGAACCUCCACAGUCCAGAACCUGCUGCGGCCCCCCAUCAUUUCCCGCUUCAUCCGGCUGAUCCCACUGGGCUGGCAUGUCCGCAUUGCCAUCCGGAUGGAGCUGUUGGAAUGCGUUGGCAAGUGUGCCUGACCCUGGCCUCAGCUUGGCACCUGCCAGGGGGCAGAGGGGACGGGAGCAGAGCAGCCUGGCGCAGACCCUGGCCCACUACUAUGAUGAACAGGGCUGUAUUU